GGAAAGAAUUAUUGAAGAAAAAAAACCCCCACUGGCCCGGAAAGUCCAGACGGUGUUAAGAAGCUAUUGAUAGUGCUUAUCGCGAGAACAUGCUCCGUUUAUUUGGUUCGAUCAUUCCAGGGCGACCUCGCUGCGCGUCUCACCGACCGCACUAGGACAUAAUGGUGCUGGUUCUUUCGAACGAGGUCUUAAUCUCGUCUGGCGGUUCUUCGUGUGCAGAUUGCGUGUGAGGGUUAGGGAUGGAGAUUUGGUACACAGUAACACUAUGGAUGUGCGGAUUCUGCAGUUUGUGUGCACUGCUUUACAUUUGCACGGUACGGGCGCAACUGAGGAGCUGGAAAGGAAAAGGCAAAGCUUCCCUACAGCAUCGGCAGCCACAGUUACCGAUACGAAAUCCAAACCCAACGGCAGGUAGCUUUCCAGUGUUGGUGUACGUUAUUCAGCCCGAUGUGAAGCCCACGCCGUGCUUUGUUACUUUAAAUUACGAUGAUUUACUUAAAAGUAAAAAGGAGCGCAAAUCCGAACCAUCCGCGCUAAGCGAGUCGUUCGUACAUGGGAGCACAGUGAACUUGGUGUCCGGCGUGAAUUGAUAGUGAGAUACAACCGGUAUCAUGUAAUUUAAUGAUUCAUCUGUAAAAUAGCUCAUCCCUUCGCAUUAAAUAAAAAUAAGUGUACUUUUUAA